GUGGAGCGUAUGGAUUGGAGCACCGUUGUCUUUGGAUUUCCUCCUCCGAUUUGGGUUAGGGUUUGUUUCUCCUCUCAGCUUUCUCUGGUUGGUGAACAAGGAGAUACAACUUACAAGAAAGGGAAACUAUGGCGAUUUUCGACGGUAAGAAAUAGCAUGCAGUGGUGGUUGAGUCUUUCUGUUGAUGUGUUUCGAAAAGUUAUCUCCUUGAACCUUUAUUGCAAAGUGAUUCUGUAAUUUCCCAGUCUAAGUUGUCUAGCUAGACCUUUCAAUUCUCUCUGUUUCGUUUCUCCUCUUUGUUUUUCCAUGGGAUCCACUUUCUUUAUUGUCGUUCCAUGUUAUGUCCACCAGAUUAGCUGAACAUUAGGAAACCGAUCUUCCAUAUUUUCAAUCCAAGCCACCUGGUUAUCCGUUUCGCUCAUUGUUUUGGUGAUAAAGCUUUUUUUUUAUUUUUUUGUUCUUGUUGCUGCUGCUCAUUCGUGUCUUGAAUUGGGUAGUACGGGUUGUGGGCGUUGAAUUUGUUGUUCUCUGGAAGAUCCUGUUCUUUUCUUGUGCCAUAUUGAAGGGUUGGGAUGUAGUUAUGGUGUGCCAAGCAGCAUGUAGGACAAGAUUCCGGGCAUUGAAGCACGAAAAUGGAAUUACAGGGAGCGCCACCAUUGUAGUUAAAGUCAUAGCAGGCUUUCAACCCUUCAGGAUUGUCAGGGGCUCUGUCAGUUUAUGCAAAUACUAAGCUACCACAUUUGCAGGUUGGCCAAGUUAAUGAACCUCGUGGUUGGUU